CAAACUAUUCACCAGUUUCCAGACCCAACCUGGGUAGAGAACAUCGCUAUACGUCCAAACGGCCAGAUUCUCGUCGACCUGGUCACAACUCCCGACAUGUAUCUUCUCGAUCCGCAUCCAAACUCUACUGCAACACUUAUCCACAGCUUCUCCUCCGAUCACGCAGUAUUAGGACUCACUGAAACGACGCCCGACAUGUUCCAUCUGAUCGCCUCAAAUUUCACCCUCACGCCCCCCACCAUUGCCAACGGAACAGACUCCAUAUGGACAGUGGACCUAACAUCCUACGACCACAAAACCAACACGGGCGCCAAAAUCCACCAAGUAGUCCUAAUCCCCGAAUCCGACCUCCUCAACGGUCUUUCAACUCUCUCUCCAGAAAAAGGUCUGAUAGUAGCCGCCGAUUCCUUCAAAGGUGUCAUAUGGCUCAUCAACGUCAACACAGGAGCCUACUCCAUCCUCUUUCAAGACCCAGCCCUCGCACCAACGAGCCCCGAACCUUCUGGACUUAGCGUCAAUGGCAUCCGAGUCCUGCCUCCAUCCGCCCACAACAACGACACAGCAUGGAUCUACUUCGACAACACGGCCAAAGCGACCUUCAACCGGGUUCCCAUCUCGCUCUCUGCUCUCAAAGCUACAGCUGCGGUCCAACAACUCGCUUCCAACAUCUCUAUUGAUGACUUUGCGCUCGAUCCAGAGAGGGGAUAUGCGUAUGUUGCUGCGGGGGCGAUUAAUCAGGUCUUUCGCAUUCCGUUGGAGGGUGGUACGCCAGAGUACGUGUUUGGGGGUUUGAAUAGUACGGUGAUUCCGAAUCCGACGAGUGUGGCCGUCGCGGGGGAGGGGAGGAUUUAUGUUACUACCACGGGGGGCAUUGAGAGUCCGGUCAAUGGGACGUAUAGGGAGGGUGGGAAGGUGGUUAGUUAUGAGCUG